AUGAUUAGAUACACUAAAGGUGACUUGUUUCAACUCACAAAGACCACGCUAUCCAGGCCAUUACUAAUUGCUCAUGCUUGUAAUUGUUUGGGUAUCUGGGGAGGCGGAAUAGCCAGCGUUUUCAAGACAAGAUAUUUCAGUAGUUAUGAACUAUAUCACACCUACUGCCAUUCGUUCCAAUCUCCCACUGAGCUACUUGGGACUUCCUUAUUGUUGCCGGUUUCAUCAAAUGAUGCUGGAUUUGUGAACGGACUUAAAGAUCAACUGAUUGUUGUCUGCCUCUUUACCAGCAUUAUUGGACAGGAAACAGAGAAAGAAAUAGCAAAGAAUACAGAAUCUGCAAUGCUUGAUUUAAAGCGUAAGCUACAAAAUCCAAGCCUUAUAGAGAAUGCCAUUUCAAGACAGAUAAUAGAGAACUACAAUAAACAGAUUCUAGAUGCCGACGGCAAACCUGAUGUGUUUCAAUACACGAUUAAUAUGCCAAAAAUUAACGCUGGAAUUUUCGGAGUUCCUUGGUCAUUGACCGAAAAGGCGCUGGAAAAAUCCAACAUGAAUUGCCAAGUAUUUGAGUUGUAA